CUACAUGCGGUCACAUUAUUUGCGAUGCCCAGAGACGCCACCGAAUAAAUUCACCCAAAAGUAAACGAUUUCAUGGAAGCUCCGCCGUCGUAUCCCGAUUUGGCGACCCUGUGCCGUCUGUGCCUUAAGGAGCACCAGGAUGCGUACGCAAUCUUUGAGGCGGACGAUGCGCAGCUCUCGAUUCCCGUGCGCCUGAUGGCCUGUGUCGCUCUGGACGCGAAGGCGGCGGACACCUUGCCCAAGAAGAUAUGCCAGGAGUGUCGUUACCAGCUGGAGAAAUCUUUUCUCUUUCGCCAGCGCUGUCAAGCGGUGGAGAAGAAGCUGCGCAAGCACAUACGCCUUUUGGGCAUGGGGAAGCGCAGCCGCGUCUUCUCUAAGGAUCCCGAUGACUACGACGAGGACGAGCUCGAGUUCGAAGACUCCAUAGCCUUCAUCGAGUCCCAGGACAAAGUGCGGAAGCAGGAGGAAGAGAAGUGGCGCGAGGAAUUCAAGGAAGAGCAGGCGGCGGAGUUCAACAAGCGGCUGGUCAAGUCUCGCUUGGAAAUCCGCGCGAAACUAUCCACUGAGCUGCGCAAGACAUUAUCAGAGGAGGUGCGCAACGAGGUACGCGAGGAGUUGAUCGAGGAGGUGCGCAUUGAUGUGCGAGAUGAACUGCGCAACGAGGUCUGUGAGGAAAUGCGCAAGGAGCAGCUGGCCAUGCUCUUGGGCGAACUGGAGGUGUAUCUCACCGAAAAAAAGGCCGGUCAGUGGGAACCAUUGGAGGGCUCGGAAACAAAAUCACAGGCCAAGGAGGAUACCUCCGCAGUCGGCCACAAAAUGAAGCCUUCUCCCAAGCGUCCAAGCUCACCCGGCAAGUCACAGAUGCAACAACCUAUGAAAGAAGAAAAAGAAUUCAUUCUGGAAUGCAAUUCAGAGCCCUUGAGUGCCACUCCACUCGAGGAGGAAGUGCCCACCGAGAGUGGAAACGACUUCAGGGACAUCGAAAUGGUCGAGAGUGGGGAUGUGGUGCGCACCGACGAAGGAGAAAUUUACAUUAUAAACUCGACCAGUUCGGAAGAUCAAAAACCCGAUUCGACACCCGAAUUUGACGAGGAUAACGACAUUACCUCCUACAAUAUCAAGGAAGACGGUGAGAUUCAGUUCAGCGGCGAGAAAUCCGAGGAAAUGGAGGAUGUUGUGGUGUUUAAUCUGGAUAGUGAAAUAUCUGAAGAGCAGCAGGUCUUUAACUUUGACGAGAAUGUCAUUAUAGUGGAAAAGGAGCAGCUUAAAAGAGAGGAUCUGACGCCUGUAAAACGGAAGAGAUCGAGUGAUUUUGUGUUUAAGCAGACGGCCAGUUGUCCUCAGCCACAAGCCGGUCGGGUAACGGACACGGUGAAAUCCUUUCCCUGUCAUUUAUGCCCGGUGGCCUUUGCCACGCAGAAGCUGUUGACACGCCACCACAAUACCCACAUCAAGGGCCUGAAGAGCGGCAAGGGCGGGACACUCAAGUGUCCCAGCUGCUCACUGCAGCUGUCCUGCGCCAGUUCCCUCAAGCGGCACAUGAUCAUCCACACGGGCUUGAAACCCUUCAAAUGCGAAGAGUGCGAUCAGGCUUUUUCCCAACGUGAAGUUCUCAAGCGGCACAUGGACACCCACACGGGAGCCAAGCGCCAUCAGUGUCCGCAAUGCUCUAGUUGCUUUGCCCAGAAAUCCAAUCUGCAGCAGCACAUUGGCCGUGUUCACAUGGGCAACUCCAGGCAACAUAAGUGUCAUCUGUGCCAGCGCAGUUUUAACCACGUUUCUGGUCUGAGUCGCCAUUUGGUCACCCAUGCCGGCGUCAUGUUCUCCUGCAAGCAAUGCGGACGGCAAUUCAACGAUCGCAGUGCUGUCCAGCGUCAUGUUACGACUAUGCACAAAGUCAAGAACAAGUCUGCGGACUACAUAUCUGAGCCCGAGAUCAGCGAAAUCGAGUUUCAGGCUGUGUAAUAUAGAAAUAAAAUAGGACAAUGCAGACCCUUUAUGUUAAUUCACCUAGAAACAAAAAUUUUACUCUGAUUAUUUUACAACUUUAUUCGCGAACUUGAAGUGCUCACAACAGUUGGCACCAAAUAUCAUCAAUACGAUAGUGUUAAAACAGUUAGAAAACAUGCAGCAUUAAACAGUUUAGCAAACAAAUACAAAUCGGAACAUUUGGAACAGCUCUGUAACAGGAUACCAUAUAGCUAGACGUACAUUUUACAAUAUCGUUUAAUAAAUACCACAUAAGACGAUGUACAAUAUGAUAGGCAAAUACACGUAUUUUUUAAUAAACUCAACUCUUCUACGAA